UUUGAUAACAUAAAACAAAUCACAACACAACGUGCGCCACCAUAAGGUACGUUCUUGAGAUCCUGCACCACACCAAAAAAAAUUCGAACAAACCAAUUGUUAUCAUCUUCACUUCUUCACGCAUCUUCUGCAAAAUCAGUACUACUCCGCCUCUGUUAGCAUAACUUGCUCAAUCAACAAUAAAAACAACAAUGUCAGCUCAACUGUCAAAGACAGACUCAGAGGUGAGCAGCCUAACUCCAUCAUCACCCGCAAGAUCGUCUCCUCCCCGCCGCCCUGUAUACUAUGUGCAGAGUCCAUCAAGAGACUCCCAUGAUGGAGAAAAAACCACGAACUCAUUCCACUCUACUCCUGUACUUAGCCCAAUGGGUUCACCCCCUCACUCUCAUUCCAACUCUUCCUUAGGCCCUCAUUCGCGCGAGUCCUCCUCUACGCGCUACUCUGCCUCCCUUAAGCCUCACAAACAACAUAAAGCCGAUGGAUCGGGUCCCAAAGGCCGAAAACCCUGGAAGGAAUUUGAUGCCAUUGAAGAAGAAGGACUUCUCGAUGGUGAUAUUGGCUCACAUGGCAUGCCUCGUCGCUGUUAUUUUCUUGCCUUCAUCGUGGGGUUCUGGAUUCUUUUUUCUUUGUUUUCCUUGAUUCUUUGGGGCGCAAGUCGGCCUCAAAAACCCACCAUCACCAUGAAGAACAUAAUUUUCGAUCAAUUUAUUGUACACGCUGGAAUGGACUUCUCUGGAGUUGCAACAGAAAUGGUGUCAAUGAACUGCACAGUGAAGCUCACAUUUCGCAACACCGCUACAUUUUUCGGUGUCCAUGUUACAUCAACACCUCUGGACCUAUCCUACUCUGAACUCACCGUGGCUACUGGCACUAUAUCCAAGUUCUAUCAAUCAAGAAAGAGUCACAGAACAUUAACAGUUACGGUGAAAGGCAGUAAAAUUCCAUUGUAUGGAGGGGGAGCUAGCUUGAGCAGUUUGAAUGGUGCACCAACUCAACCAGUGCCAUUGAUACUGAACUUCAUGGUUAGAUCAAGAGCUUAUGUGUUAGGCAAGCUGGUCAAACCCAAAUUCUACAAAAGGAUCGAGUGCUCUGUGGUCAUGGAUCCUAAGAAAAUGAAUGUGCCAAUUUCUCUCAAGAAUAAAUGCACUUAUCAAUAAAUAGACAUAAAUGUAGAAGGGAUAUAAGUACACUGUUUCAUUUUUCAUUUUCGUUACAGCUCUCCAUGUAGCGUUUUCGUUUACAUCACAGAAAAGUGGGCAUGUACGCUACAAAUUUAUGAGUCUUUGGCUUCAUUACUGUUCUGCUACUAUUUUUCUUUGACAA